CCCAGUCCCAAACUAAGCAUGCCAAUCACAAUAUGGCUGCCACGCUGACGUACGAUCCGGAUAUGAUAAUACUCCCAACCUAAAAGGAAAAGUCCCCCUCCGCACUCUGCUCCGUGGUCAUUUCUACCCGGGUCAUCCUCCGGCUGCCUGUGACGGAAUGCGCCUUGUUUCCUCACUGUUUUGCUAACCUUCGAACAAACAUCGACUCGCCCCUGAAAGUACAACAAAGACUUGUGAGAGUUUUUCUGCACAAGCAGCUAUUUUUUUUAAAAUGUGCAGCUAUAAACACUCUUUCUUACACCGUUGUCACAUUGGUUGUCAGGUCAGGUCACCCGAGCAACAAACAUGCAAGUGCAGCGAGUCGUUCUUAACUCUCGGCCAGGCAACAACGGGGAGCCAAGUCCGGAAAAUUUCCGCCUGGAACAGAUACAUUUAACAUCCGACCUGGAAGAUGGACAAGUCCUCGUUCGGACGCUUUACCUGUCAGUCGACCCUUACAUGCGCUGCAGAAUGAAUGAAGACACCGGUGCUGGUUACCUGGCUUCGUGGAAGCUGUCUGAAUGCGUGGACGGUGGCGGUGUUGGCGUGGUUGAAAGCAGCCGCUGCAGCGCUCUCACCGAGGGAGACGUUGUCACUUCAUUCAACUGGCCGUGGCAGACCCAUGCAGUGAUGAUGGGAGGUGGCCUUCAGAUGGUUGAUCCACAGAUGGUUGAUGGCCAUCUUUCCUACUUUUUGGGAGCAGUUGGUAUGACGGGACUCACCGCGCUGUUAGGGGUCAGGGAGAAGGGCCACGUGACCAAAGGGGCCAAUCAGACGAUGGUGGUCAGCGGUGCAGCCGGCGCCUGUGGCUCCCUAGCUGGACAGAUCGGCCGGCUGGACGGAUGUGCGAAGGUGGUUGGGAUUUGCGGUUCAGACGAGAAGUGCAAAGCUUUGGUGGAAGACCUGGGCUUCUCCGCAGCCAUCAACUAUCGCAGCGGCGACGUCUCGGCACGGCUCAAGGAGACCUGUCCCGCCGGCAUCGACGUCUACUUCGACAACGUCGGCGGCGCCACCAGCGACGCCGUCAUAGAGCAGAUGAACAAAGGAGGACACGUGAUCCUCUGCGGGCAGAUCUCGCAGUACAACAAGGAUGUGCCGUAUCCUCCCCCUCUGAGCGACAAGACGCAAGAAAUCCUGCAAAGUCGGAACAUCACCCGGGAGAGAUUCAUGGUGCUCAGCUACAUGAGUAAAGCGGAAGCUGCCCUCUCUGAGCUCAGCCAGUUAGUAAAAUCAGCUCAAAUCAAGGUGUUGGAAACGGUGGUGAACGGUAUAGAAAACAUGGGAGUUGCUUUUUGCUCCAUGAUGAAAGGCGGAAACGUCGGAAAGCAAAUAGUAAAAAUACCCGACCGAGGAAAGAUUCCAGCUAGAUAGAGCUUUUAAUCCACGUCCAAUGUUGCCUUCUAUCGCCUGCAUUACUGUAACACAAACCUACUGAACUCUUGUACGUUUGCAACAAGAAAUCCAGUGAGAAAAUAUUUUUUAACUCUUAUUUCCUAACUGUAUCCUUAAAACAUGAAACACAAUGCAAUUUCUGAGCCUGGGCGUAACCUGGAGCCAAUAAACAAACGUGGGUCAAAUCAGUGAGAACCCACUAACUAUUGUGAACUCUUCUUAGUGUUCAGAGUGGAAAAAUGUUUAGAAUGCAUCACAUUUCAAUAAAAAUAAUAAUAAAAAUUUAAAUUGCACUAACCUUCCAACCUAAUCACAAGAAAAGUAGAGCUAAAAAACUAUUGGAGAUUCAAUACAAUUAUUGCAUGUGAAACUGCUGAAAUCAGCAUUCAUAUGAUUUUACAUGCAAUAACCGUAUUAGACAUUUUGCGGAAGGCUCAAAGAGCCACUUCUGGCUCCCAUUGGAUCCCUUGAUCUUGAGAAAUUGUGCAAAAAGAAAUAGUUAAAGCACUAUGAAACCAAAAUAGUGAUCUUUGUGCUCCGUUAAAAGGCAACUACCAUUUAGAUUCUUUAAAGGCACU